AUGUUUGAUAAUAAUCAUACUAAUAAUACUUUAAAUGAUAAUAUUUUAAAUGAUACUUUAAAUAAUAAUAAUACUUUAAAUAAUAACAAUCAAAUUAGUAACACUAAUACUUUAAAUAAUAAUAAUAAUCAAAUUAAUAAUACUUUAAUUAAUAAUACAAAAACUAUAAAUAAAUUAAAUAGCGUUACAACAAAUAAAACAACAGAACCAACUAUAGAUAUGAAAGAUGACAAACAUUUAAUUAAAUUAAUAGAAGAGGUAAUAGAAUCAAAUAAGUAUAAUUUAACAGUAGUAGAUAAGAAAAAAGACGAUAAAGAAAAGAACAUAGAAAUAGCGGAACCUUUAUAA